GGCUGUCAGUUUACGGGCUAAGUUCAUACUACGCGAAGUUAUAAUGGUAAAGUGAUUCUGUGAAACGAAAAAAAAAUUGAAAUAUGUUUGAUGAUCAAAUUGUAAUUAAAAUCAACAAAUUUGCAUUUCCAUUGUGUUCCAUUAUCCAAAUGAUGUGAUCGAUAUGUGUUGGCAAAUCGUUUACGGAAAACAUGAAUUAAAGCACAAAUCAGUAUAAUGUAUAUGCUAAAUGGACGCCAUUGUUGAAAAACUUACAAAAAAAAUCUACAAUUUCUUGUGCUCGUUUUACGCUAAGCAUUACUGGAAUUACAAUUAAUUUGUGAUUAAAACAUUGUAAUCGAGUGAUAAACCAAUUCAGUGAAUCAGUGACAGUUUCGAUUCGCUGCACCAAUAAUAUUCAAUCGGUCGGACAAAUUACAAAAUUGGAUCCGCGGCGAAUUUCGGAUACGGACUUCAGGAACAAUCCGUGUGUGCAAGAGUGCGGAGGCGUAAAUGGUCAAAAAAAAUUGUUUCCGUUUUUUGACCAUUUUCAUACCAGAAACAAAUGAACAAAUGAAAAUUAAUAUGAAGAAAAUGUUUCGUUGCAAUGAACAAACCCAAUCGAAUCGCGUUCAACAUUAAAACAGUAGAAACCGUAUCGUCUAUUUGUGGAAUAAGCUAAAAAAAAGUGUUCCCCUGUUUUAAAAUUUUAUUUUCUAAUAAAAAAAAAUGGUGUCUCAAAUUGAUAAAGGGGGAGCGCACGAUCUAAAAGAAACUCUACUGCAACCAGAUCAUGAUGAGCCAUUGAUCGGUGGAAACGAUUCCCUACGUAUGUCAUCGCCACAUUUGCGUCAAUCCAAUCGAUCAUUUUCGGCGAAUAAAAAUGAAGAAUUCGUCUUCGAAGUACCUGCUGAGGCUCCGGUUUUUGUUCCCACCCCGGAGGAGUUCAAAAAUCCAUUGACUUACAUCAACAAAAUACGGCCGAUUGCCGAAAAGUAUGGCAUUUGCAAGAUUCGUCCACCAUCGACAUGGCAACCCCCCUUCACAGUGAAUGUUGACAAGCUAAGAUUUACUCCAAGAGUUCAACGUCUGAAUGAAUUAGAGGCUAAAACAAGAGUGAAGCUGAAUUUUCUGGAUCAAAUCGCAAAGUUUUGGGAACUUCAAGGAUCAUCGCUGAAAAUACCAAUGGUUGAACGAAAGGCACUGGACUUAUAUUCUCUGCAUCGAAUUGUACAGGAAGAAGGUGGGCUUGAACAAGCUACAAAAGAUCGGAAAUGGUCCAACGUUGCUUCACGUUUGGGUUAUCCAUCUGGAAAGAGUGUUGGAACUAUUUUGAAGGGCCAUUACGAGCGCAUUUUGUAUCCGUUCGAUGUGUUUACUUUGGGAGAAACGGAUAUGGUUAAGCAACCAAAGUUAGAAACUGAGCUGGACGAUCAUGACUACAAGCCGCAUGGAAUCGUUUCUCGCCAAAAUGUGACUCCGCCGAAAGAAAACUCUGCCAGACGAUCACAGCGCAACAUCCAUCACGACUCAAAUUCACCAGAUUGCCCCGAAGACAAGAAGAUCAAAGACGAAAAAUGUUUGGAGGAUUUGAAGAGUGCUGAAGUUCGACGGCUAAAAUUUUACGGUCCUGGACCGAAGAUGUCCGGAUUCAAAACAAAAAAUGAAAAUGGCAAAUCUCGUAUGAAUGGUAGCGGUAAGAAGGGCGGUGCUCGACGUGCGAACAACGAUCCGCUUGCCAAAUACAUUUGUCACAUUUGUAAUCGUGGCGAUGUGGAGGAAGCAAUGCUGCUGUGCGAUGGGUGUGAUGACAGUUAUCAUACUUUCUGUUUGAUGCCACCGUUGGUGGAAAUUCCUAAGGGCGAUUGGCGUUGUCCGAAGUGUGUUGUCGAGGAAGUUAGCAAGCCAACUGAAGCGUUCGGAUUUGAGCAGGCACAACGCGAAUACACACUGCAACAGUUCGGAGAAAUGGCAGAUCAGUUUAAGGCAGACUACUUCAAUAUACCGGUUCAUUUAGUACCAACUGACUUGGUGGAGCGUGAAUUCUGGCGUAUUGUUUCAUCAAUCGAUGAAGAUGUUGUCGUGGAAUACGGUGCCGAUUUACAUACCAUGGAUCAUGGAUCAGGUUUUCCCACCAAAAGUUCAUUGUACUUGCUGCCUGGUGAUCAAGAAUACGCUGAAUCGAGUUGGAAUUUAAACAAUCUUCCGUUGCUUGAAGAGUCAAUAUUGGGCCACAUUAAUGCUGACAUAUCUGGCAUGAAAGUACCAUGGAUGUAUGUGGGCAUGUGCUUUGCCACGUUCUGUUGGCAUAACGAAGACCACUGGAGCUAUUCGAUCAAUUAUUUGCAUUGGGGUGAACCAAAAACGUGGUACGGUGUUCCUGGCAGUAAGGCUGAAGCAUUCGAAAAUACAAUGAAACGUGCCGCCCCCGAACUGUUUCAAUCGCAACCAGAUUUAUUGCAUCAACUGGUCACAAUUAUGAAUCCCAACAUUUUGAUGAAUGCUGGAGUGCCAGUCUAUCGAACCGAUCAGCAUGCUGGCGAAUUUAUCAUCACAUUUCCGAGAGCGUAUCAUGCUGGAUUUAAUCAGGGAUACAAUUUUGCUGAAGCAGUUAAUUUUGCGCCGGCUGAUUGGAUGAAGGUCGGUCGUGAGUGUAUCAAUCAAUAUUCCACUUUGCGUCGUUUCUGUGUCUUUUCACACGAUGAAUUAGUGUGCAAGAUGGCCUUAGACCCAGACAAAUUAAACCUCGGUAUUGCAACUGCUUGCUACUUGGACAUGGCCGAAAUGGUCGAUUGCGAGAAAAAGUUGAGAAAAUCGCUGCUGGAGUGGGGAGUCACAAAGGCCGAACGUGAGGCAUUCGAAUUGAUACCGGACGAUGAACGUCAAUGUGAAGUAUGCAAAACAACGUGUUUCCUGUCAGCCGUCACAUGCCCGUGCAACAAAACUCUUGUCUGUCUUCGUCAUUACUCAGAAUUGUGUAAAUGUGCACCCGACAAGCAUACACUAAAAUAUCGCUACACUUUGGACGAACUGCCAUUGAUGUUACGGAAGCUUAAAGUGAAAGCUGAAUCGUUCGAAAAUUGGCUGUCGAAGGUUCGAGACGUUAUUGACCCGAACACACCAACGACAAUCAGUCUGGAAGAACUGCAAGAGUUAGCACAAGAGGCCGAAGAGAAAAAAUUCCCCGGUUCAGUAUUGCUGGAACGUCUGAAUUCUGCCGUUCUCGAAGCUGAGAAAUGUGUGACUGUAAUACAGCAAUUAGACAUAAACAAAAUGCGCACAAGAACGCGAAAUUCGUGUGAUUUUGCCAAAUACAAGCUGACAAUCGAAGAACUGGAUUUGUUCGUGCAGGAGAUUGAUAACUUGUGCUGCAUCAUUCAAGAAGGCAAUUCGGUGCGUGAACUUCAGCAAAUGGGAAAGGAAUUUGUUGAAAUGGCCACGAAACUGUUGAAGGAACCUUUGAGUGGAGUCGACGAGAAUGCUGUUGAGAAACUGAUUGAUGAUGGUGUAUCGUUGUGCAUUGAACUGCCACAAUUGAAGGCAUUGAAGUAUUUAUUGGAACAAGUACAUUGGUUUAACGAAGUGCGGGAGAUGAGAGACUCGGACAUGAAAAUUGGAUUGGAAACAAUAAAGAAACUCUUAGCGCAAGGAUUGAAUAUUUUACCGAAUGUUACCAUUGAAAAGGAAUUGGCUGAACUGCAAACGAUGGCCAUAGCUGUUGAAAAUUGGGAAGAGAGAGCAAAACAAUGCUUCGAAAGUGGCACUCAACAUGAAAUACCGGAAAUAGAAAAGCUCCUCGAACAGGCCGAAUCAAUUGAAGGUAAUCUACCAUCACAGCCCGUGCUGAAAGAUGCACUUAAAAAAGCCAAAGAAUGGUUGGUAACGGUGGAAAUACUGCAAACGAACGAAAACUAUCCCUAUUUCCAUACGCUGGAGAACGUAGUCAAUCGCGGCAAAAAUAUUCCCUUCCAAUUGGAAGAACUGAAACGCAUGGAGGAACACCUUAUUAGUGCUCGUUUGUGGAAACAGAGAACGGGACGAACGUUCCUAAAGAAAACGACAUCGUUUGCACUAAUGGAAGCGCUGUCGCCGCGUACCGAUCCGGUUAUGUCACCAAAUCAUCUCCGAAACUCCAAACUCACCGACGAACAACUGAAUCAACAAUUCACGGAAGAAAUGGGACCCGUUCAAAUCGUGGUGGCCUUCAAAAAUGCAGAAGAGAAGGAAAUGCGUGAAAUGAAAGAGCUGAGACUAACGAAUAUGGUAAAGAAUCCCGAACAAGACAAAUAUUGUGUGUGUAAACGACGCUUCUACGGUAGCAUGUACCACUGUGAACUUUGUCGAGACUGGUUCCACGACACAUGCGUUCCGUUACCACGAAACACAAUCCGACAAAAACCAGCUAAUUCAGCGUCACCAACAAAUCAAAUUUCCAUACCAACAAUGACGGGAAGGGAUCGAGAUCGCGAUCCGAAAUAUUUAUGUCCAUCGUGUAUGCGAUCACGACGUCCCCGGCUCGAGACCAUUCUGUCACUGCUAGUGUCGUUACAGCGUUUACCAAUUCGGUUGCCCGAAGGAGAAGCAUUACAGUGUUUGACCGAACGCGCUAUGAAUUGGCAGGACAGAGCUCGACAGGCUUUAGCUACCGACGAGGUUGCCGCUGCAUUAGAGACAUUGUCAGAGAUUUCACAAAAAUCCACCGCUGGCGUUGUGAAAGACACACAAAACAUACCGAAAAGUACACAAAAACAGCGGAGCUCUGAGUCGUCUGAAUCUAGUUCGGAUGUGGAAGGAUCAAAUGACGCUAUGUUAUCAUCACCGUUACCCAAGAAUGUCGAGCACGCGUAUUCUGUGCCUCCAUCGGUUCCGACAAUGGCGAAACAGGAUGGCCCGUUGAUUACACUAAGCAAGCCUACAAAGGAAAGUUUAGAGGACCUUAUGAUGGAAGGUGAUCUGCUCGAAGUUUCACUGGACGAAACGCAACAUAUCUGGCGUAUACUGAAUGCAGCUAAGCCGAGCACUUCCGAUCUCACGCAAAUAAAUCUAAGAUAUAAAAUAAUGCCACAUAUAAGCGAUCAUCAUCUAGUCAGUAACAUACGAAAACGUUAUUCCGACGACCAUAAGCCUACACCGAAGAAACAAAUGAAAUUGAGUCGACAUUCGGAUCAAGGUGUAAAUGCAACGCCCAUUUCGAGUGGUACACCAGUGUCUGUGACGAACAGUGGACAGAAAUUGAAACGCGGCCGCAAAAUAAAACCAAAAAAUUCGCCAGCAGUGGAAAGUAUUAAGAAGAAGAAACGCGGACGGAAAAAUGUCCAAGAAAAUCAAACGACAGCUACGGCAUCAACAUCGGACGAGGAUGAGGAGUGUAGUGCAGUGAAUUGUGUUCGACCAGCCGGUCGCGAAGUUGACUGGGUGCAAUGCGAUGGCGGUUGCAACAAAUGGUAUCACAUGUAUUGCGUGGGCUUGGUAAAGAAUCAAAUCAAAGCUGACGAAGAUUUCGUGUGUAAAAAGUGUAAAAAAGUGUCCAAAACAUUGGCCGAUGCAAAAGAUAAUUGUGAUAAAACGAAUGACGAUAAUACACCAAAUAAACCAACAACAGAAUUUGAAGAAGACGAUCCGGACGGCACGAAACCCAGUAAAAAAUCACAAAUGGAUAUAUCCGAUGCAGACGAUUGUCAGACGAAAAAGAAGUAGCAAUUAGUUUACCGAUUAGUUUAGACAAAACAAAAUGUGAACUUUUCUUUUCUCUUUAAAUUUUAAUUGAAAAUCGACAAUUUUUCAUUCUUCCGGAAUGUACAAAUGUAAAAUUUUUCUUCCGCGCGUACGAUUAGGAAAUGGAAAUUUGUUCACAAGAAGACUUAGGAAGAAAACUUUAACAAAAUUUGUUUUUGUGGGAUAUCGGUUCGUUAAUCAUUUUUUUUUUCUCGUUUCGUUUCGUAUUUAGCAUCCUAUAAUUCCACACACAUAUUACACACUUAACAACACACACGAGAUUCGCUUGCAUUCGCAUGCACAUCAGCUGUCUGUUUUUUUUCUUCUUAAAAUGAAUGAACCAAGAUUGGUAAAAAUAUUUAUUUUGUGAUUUUAGUAUUUUUUUAAACUUCAAAUUAGAUUUUUUUUUAAGAAAAUAAUUUACGAAUUUUACUUGUAAAAAACCCGUAAGAGAAUUCAAACUGUACAACUUCAUUAUUGUGCGAGAAUGAGAGCUAGAGCAUUAAAUAGUUUUAGUAGAGAAAUUGAAGAAAAAAAUUUAAUUUAAAAACAAAAAAGAAAUAAAAAAAAAAUCAGAAAAAUAUGAAAAAAUCUAAGAAUUAUAUUUGAAGUACACAUAAUUUUGUAAAACUUAGCGAUGAUAAGGAAAGAAAAAAUUAAAAGAAAGAAAGAAAAUUAAUAUGGUUUCCGUAUGUAUGCAUUGCCGUGUUAAAUACAACAACAAAAACAAAAACUGAGUAUACAAAACUUAGGUUUUCAAUGUUAAUUUAACAAGAACCUUGUACCUUUUGCAAACGAAAACAUUAAAGAAAAUUAAUAAAAAAAA